AUGCCAGAACCGUUGGUCUCGGCACAUGUUGCCUUGUAUGAACCACUUCAUUGGUUGCUGGCGCUUUGUGAAAAAACCCUUGAAGUCUGGAUGGCACUUCCUAGAUUUGAUCCCAAUAUCAGUGACGAAGAGGCAGCUGAUAUUGAGAAUCGUGUUGUUGAUCUUGGAUCCGAUAAGGCUGCUCCUGCUUCUGAUACCAAUGAAGUCGCCUCUGUCAUGGGAACUAAUCAGCCUCGUCCUACUGGAAACAAACAGACGAAGGCUCAGUUGAAGAAUACAUUGGAUAUCAAUCUUAUCGAGGACCGCAAGAUUGCUGCUAUGGAUCGUAUGACAAUUAGCAACCGUGAACAGAAUGCGAUUCAAGCCAAGAAGCGUGCUGUCUCUCAGGCCUAUUCGUUUGCCAAGACCUUGAAAGAUUUUGGCCGUAUGGAUGAAGCGAACCAGAAAUUGGACGAGGCCAUGAUUUUGGAAGCGACUCCACUUGAACACUUUCUUAUGAAUUGUGCCCCAACCACUGUUACUGCUGCAGGAACUGCCACCGUUGCUAGUGGAUUGACCAGCAACCGUGCUUCCCCUGUCCCUGCUGGAGCUGGUAUCACCCAUCCACCUGAUGUUAGUGGCAUCCAGUCUCCCAACAAUAUCAACGAUGAAGCUGGUGUCUAG